AUGUCUGGUGGACCCAAGAAAUGCUUGUCUUUAAUUGGAUUCAGUCUCAUCUGUCUUAAAAUGAUUGCUUCAGCAAAAAAAGCUCCUGAAAUACCCACUAUUGAUCAGGCAUAUUCAAAACUCAGCAAUAGCAUCACUGUGGAAUGGGGAACAGUGCCAGGGGCUACCAGUUAUCUCCUCAUGGCUGAAGAUGGAGACACUGUCAUUGAAACCAUGGUGGCCAGGUCCCCAGGCACAGUGUCAGGCCUGAAGGCUGCAACCCUGUACCAGGUCACUGUCAGAUCCGUCAGUGCCACUGGGAGAAGCCAGGCAUCCCCUCCAAAGCAGGCAAACACAGUGUUGGCUGCACCAAUUCUAGAAGUAAGUUCUCCAAGUCCAGACUCUAUUCUUGUGCAGUGGGAAGCUGUAUAUAUGGCAGUUGGAUUCUCUGUGUCCAUUAUGCAAGCCAAUGGUUUGGGUAGAAGGUGGAAAGAGAAUACCACAAACACCUCCUUGACAUUCACCAGUUUAGAUGCCGGGACUCUCUACACCAUAAAGGCGUAUGCGUGGAAUGCGAAUGGAACCCCAGGGGAUGACUCCACUUGCGAUCAGAGAACAAGUCCUCGUGCUCCUGCCAACAUUCAAGUCUUUUUUGAUAUCGGGGCUCUGAAGGCAUCUGUUUCAUGGGCACUGACAGAAGGAGCUUUCAACUAUACUGUGAUGGCUUUCAGUGACUCUUCAGAACUGAGCUGUAAUACAACUUCCAGUUCCUGUACCAUCUCCUCUCUCCAGUGUGGAACUGAGUAUUUGAUUUCAGUUUUAGCAAGUAACGAUGCUGGAUCAAGCAAAUCAGCUUCAACAGUGACCCUGAAAACUGUUGCUUGUGCACCUGGAAGAGUGACAAUCCAAGAGGACCCCCCUGGCCACCUGUCUGUGGCUUGGUCCAGUGUAGCUCUGAGUGACUACUAUGUGGCCUUUGUGAAGAGUGACGAUGGCUUGGAAGUACACUGCAACACAUCCUUCACCCAGUGCAAUUUCUUAUCUGAAUGUGGCUUCACUUACUUUAUUAGUAUAUUUGCCUUUAACAAGGCAGGGCAGAGUCCUUUGGGUGAUGUGUUCAAUUAUACCACAGCUCCCUGUUGUCCUAGUGACAUUAACCCUGUGUUGGUGUCUAGUGACAGAGUAGAGAUUGUCUGGUCUCCUGUCCGUGGUGCAGAACUUUAUGAAACCAAGGCAGUGGAUGGGCUCAACGUGGUUGAGUGCAAUGACACGGCUCCUGCUUGCACCCUUUCAGCUCUGGAAUGUGACACCACGUACAACAUUACAGUGUAUUCCUUCAGUGAAGUGCGGGGCAGCAAUAUGUCAUGUACUUCCCAAUUUGUAACCACAGCUCCUUGCAGUCCUGAGAUAAAAAAUGUUUCAAAGGAUGCAUUCUCCAUGGUUAAUGUGCACUGGCGAUCCACUAAUGAUGAUGCUACUUACACCGUGACUGCACAGGGAGACAAAGGGCUGUACAGGUGCAGUAGCACAGGGGAGUCCUGUGCCAUGGGCAGCUUGCCCUGCGGCUCUGUGUUCUCUGUCACCGCUGUAGCCGAAACGCAGGCAGGACAGAGCCUUCCAAGCUACAGUGUACCCCUAGAAACAGUGCCAUGCUGUCCAAUGGGUCUGACAGUAACUCAGGUCACCCAGUCAGUAAUCAAUGUGAGCUGGACUGUUGGGACUGGGGCCCAAACCUAUGUGACAGUUCUGGAGUCGCGCACUGGGGUGUCUAAGUGUCAUACCCAACAAAACCACUGCCUCCUGGGAUGCAUCACAUGUGGCGUCAAUUACACAGUAUCAUUAAAAGCAGUUAGUGCCACUGGGUCGACUGCGGACUGCACCUACCGAAGCUAUUCCUCUAGUGCCUGCUGUCCUUUGGGGGUGAAAUUAUAUAGGCUGGGCCCUAAUGGCAUCCGGAUCUACUGGCAAGCCUCCAGGGGCUCUGCCAAUUAUAGCACUGACCUCUAUGGUUCCAAAGGCAUUUUUACUUGUGCCCCACGCCCUGGCCUCAGUUUUUGUGAUGUCGCUGAGAUACCCUGUGGGGAUGUAUAUACCGUGAUGGUCUCACCAGUUGCUGAGACAGGACUGACGGUCACUUUCUGUCCAAAAAAAAUAUACUCAGUAACCUGCUCUGGAAGUACACUUGGAAUGGUGAUUUACAGAGGGAAGAGAAAUGCAGAAUGAUACUGUGAGUCAUGGGGGAAAAACAGAGACUUGACCUAAGUUGUCUCAAUUGUUAGUGUGAUUAGAGAUGGAAAAGAUGUAUUAAAAUAAAAAAUAUUUCUAGGAUAGGACAAACUCCUUUGGCCUUUAGAAGGGCAUCUCUGACUCCAUUUCCUGAGGGCAAAGGCAAGUAUGUCCUCACCUGCACAGAAGUUCAAGAUUUGCUUUGGAGAGGACUUGGUGGAGAAAUGGAUCCGGAAAGUUCUCUGGACAGCUGCAAGAGUGAGCCCACAUACUGGGAAAUCCUAAGAUCUGCUUAGCAGAAGUUCCUUCUGAGAUUUCAUAUCCAGACACACCACAGAUUUCAACACAUCCACUUCAUAACUGUUUGAUCAACCUGCCAGGCAGCCCUCUAGCCAUUCAAGGGCUGGAAUGUAUGCUCACAGAGAAGU